CAUGCUCCAACCGACGAGGACAAACAGAGCAUCAGCCAGUCCCAGCGCGGAGAGCGGUGGUGAAGACCCUCCUCCUCGUGGUCGACCAGCUACUAGCAGAUAUGCUAGCAGUUACCAGGUAGCGAACAAAUUGACCACGGUAUCUAUCUAUCUCACCCUCGGGUCCUCUCUCCCUGGAUCAUUUCAUUCUAUCACUCUUCGUUUCAUCCCAUAUCACCCGUACGCAUUGGAGGUUGUUGAUUGUUCAUCGCCACACCAGCGGUGCUUGUUACGUCACUCCCACUCUCUUCGAGUGCCGUCUGUACGACCAGACGUGCCACCAUCCUAUCUCGCGUGUUCGCAAUCAUGCAUAUCUCGACUUUUCUCCUCCUCCCCCUGCUGGUCGCGGCCGACCAAGUUCCCUUGAAGGAAAAAGCGGCAGGAUGGUUUGACAAGGCCAAAUCCUACAUCCCCAGCGGCACACCACCGGACCCGAUUGACGCGGGCGCAGCGGUGGUCGCAGACCGAGUUGUCGAGAAGAUCAACAUUCGCAACUGGCAGCGCAAGCUGGCGCCCAAGCCCGACACCGAGGAGGAGUGGAUGAUCUACAUGACGGGCGGCAACAAAACUUGUUUUGGUCGAUGUGGCAACGUGGACCAGAAAUGGAAUGAAUCCGUUCCAUUGCUCGCAGCACUGCCUCAACCGGCUGGCUCUCCUCCCCUCCACCUCGGUUACAUCGACUGUGAAAAGGAGGAGGUUCUCUGCACAGGGUGGGCGGUCAACUUGCCAUCCGUUUACCACUUCAACCUGCCCAAGAAGUCGGAGCCACAGGCCAAAACUCCAUUGCACGUUGUGCCGUUGAACAUGACCAGCGCCACCGUCGAAGACAUUGUUUCCAUCCCCGCGGCCUCCAAAGCCCGCUACCUUGAGUAUCCCGAGUACACGGGACUGCUGCACCCGUUGGAUGGCUUGCUGGCCAAAUUGGGCCUGCUCCAUCCGUUUGGUUAUCUCAUGUGGGGACUGGGCGCCACUCCUAGCUGGGUGAUGAUGAUCUUCAUCAGCUUUGUGUCAAGGCAGCUCAUGAGCAGGAGAAUGACAGGUGGUCGCUGGGAGGCUCCUACUGCUGGUGCUGCUGCUCAAGGCCAGGCCACCCCCGCAGCCCAACAAGGGCAGACACCGAGCAGACCUGCUCCCGCUGCGGCGCCCAAGUCUGGCGGUGGAAGGAAGAGGAAAUGAACGGGCUUGUAACUUUACAGGGAGGAAAUACCAUGGCACACAGCAUGUUAUCGGCUACUAGGAGGGUUGCUGGGUAUAUAUUUGGGGCCAAAAAGUCUUCUUGUUUGUCUGAAUAGCGGCUUGGCUUCGGAAGUCAAAGAACAUUGGCUUGGUACAAUGUAAUUCAUAGAAACUUGAAGAGAGAGGGGGGGGGUAUAUAUUGAUUCGAUUUGCCAUAAUGGGUGGCCUGUGAACCCGAGCUCGGCCACUCGAAAUUAAAAAAAGCUGUUCCGGUCUGCUGCCAAUUCUGUAUUGCUGCCGUACAAUCAGAUGUAGACUGUUAGACAAAUCUGUAGUAAACGAACAAUUUUCUCAUUACUCCAGCUUAGCAC